AUGCAGUCCCUUGAGCGGGCGACAAUAUCCAUAGCAUAUUCACGACAACAGCGGCAGUGCACGCGACCCCACAACAGUCGUGUUGUACACAUGGGCCGAUGCGCACACACGUCUGGUUUUUAAGUACUUACCAGGGAUAUAGACAACUAUACCCGUUGGCACAAAUCAUCAUUGUCAUGGUGAGGACUAUGAAGACUUUCUUCACUGGCCGGAAGACCAACAUGGCGAACGUGAGGGAGUUGAUUCUAAAGGAAUUAUAGCCGCUGGGUAGUUCUGCAUCAGGUAUUGCCUCGGAAUCCCAGAAAGGCGUCAGGCGUAGGAGAGGGUUGCAAACUCGCAUCCUGAUGCAUGCUUUCUCAAAUAGCAGUGCCGUUAACCUAGAGGCAUGUUCUUUGGUCUGGCACUCAUUGCAACGCAGCACAGGUCAUCCCAUCAGUGCAAUGCCAGUCCAAGGACUCAUUCUUGAUUCAACCCCUGGCGGAGACUCUUUCAUUCGUGAGGCUUCGCGAUGGACGGCUGGAGUGGUGAUGGGGUUUGCAUUCCUACCUAAGUUCCUCGCAAAACUAGUUGCUGCUGUCAUUAUUCUGCUGUAUUUUGGGGUGCCAAGUCUGUUUAGGAUGGAAGUGCUCCCUGCGCGGGGGCAAAGAGUGUUUAAUACACUGGAAUAUAUCCCCAUAAAUAGUGCACGACUGUAUAUUUACUCAGACUCAGACCCUUGAUUAGCGAACAGGACGUCGAGUCGCAUUCGCGCGAAGCUGAGGCCAAAGGAUAUAGGAGAAUCAAACUGGGCAAGUUCAGUGGGUCGGGGCAUGUGGCGUAUAUACAACAGGACCCAAAAAGGUAUUGGUUGUUGAUUUCAAGGUUCUGGGAUGAAUACUGU